UGCACGCGCAGCCUCCCGGGCUGCUGCUGCUCUCGGCAGUGCGAGCGAGGGACAGAGAGCGAGAGCGAGAGAGAGGAAGAGCCGGUGCGGCGGGCGAGGAGGGGAGGCUGGGGCGUGCAGCUGUGCGCUACUUUGGAGUGCAGGGCUCCUUCCCGGCGCUUGGCCGAUGGAGCCUUGGAAGCAAUGCGCCCACUGGCUCAUCCAGUGCCGGGUGCUGCCGGUCAACCACCGGGUGACCUGGGACACGGCGCAGGUGUUCGACCUGGCCCAGACCCUCCGCGAUGGAGUCCUGCUCUGCCAGCUGCUCAACAACCUGCGGGCACGCUCCAUCAACCUCAAGGAGAUCAACCUGAGACCUCAGAUGUCCCAGUUUCUUUGUUUGAAGAACAUAAGAACAUUCCUCACGGCAUGUUGUGAAACAUUUGGUAUGAAGAAGAGUGAACUUUUUGAAGCAUUUGACUUGUUUGAUGUCCGUGAUUUUGGAAAGGUCAUAGAAACAUUAUCCAAACUAUCCCGCACUCCACCUGCUUUAGCCACUGGACUAAGACCGUUUCCAACUGAAGAGAGUGUGGAUAAUGAAGACAUCUAUAAAGGGCUUCCAGAUUUAAUAGAUGAAACUGGCGUGGAUGAAGAUGAAGACCUUUAUGAUUGUGUUUACGGGGAGGAUGAAGGUGGUGAAGUGUAUGAAGACUUAAUGAAAGCUGAAGCAGCACAUCAACCUAAGUAUCCUGAGAAUGACAUAAGAUGCUGCUGCCUAUCAGAAAUAAAACAGACUGAAGAGAAAUACACAGAAACGCUUGAGUCCAUAGAAAAGUAUUUUAUGGUGCCAUUGAAAAAGUUUCUAACGUCGUCUGAGUUUGAGACUAUAUUCAUCAACAUAGCUGAUUUGGUGAAAAUCCACAGAAGUUUAACACAAGAUAUUCACGAGUCAAUUGCAAACAAAAAUGACCAAAACCUCUAUCAGAUUUUUAUUAGCUACAAGGAAAGGUUGCUCAUCUAUGGGCAGUACUGCAGUCAAGUAGAAAUAGCCAUAUCCUGUUUAGACAGUAUCUCCAAGACAAAAGAAGAUGUUAAAUUGAAACUGGAGGAAUGUUCGAAAAGAGCCAAUAAUGGGAAGUUUACUUUGCGGGAUCUGCUUGUGGUUCCUAUGCAGCGAGUUCUGAAAUACCAUCUACUGCUUCAGGAGCUGGUGAAACACACAACUGACCCAAUGGAGAAGACCAACUUAAAGCUUGCCCUUGAUGCAAUGAAGGACUUGGCACAGUAUGUAAAUGAAGUGAAGAGAGAUAAUGAAACUCUGCGUGAAAUUAGACAAUUUCAGUCCUCAAUAGAGAAUCUGAACCAGUCACUUAUACUGUAUGGAAGACCACAAGGUGAUGGUGAAAUAAGGAUAACAACCCUGGACAAACGGGCAAGGCAAGAUAGGCAUAUCUUCUUAUUUGAUUUGGCUGUAAUUGUAUGCAAACGACGAGGGGACAAUUAUGAAAUGAAGGAUAUAAUUGAUCUUCAGGAAUACAAAAUAGCCAACAACCCUACUACAGAUAAAGAGAACAAGAAGUGGUCUUAUGGCUUCUACCUCAUCCACGUACAAGGACAAAAUGGGCUAGAACUCUACUGCAAAACGAAAGAUUUGAAGAAAAAGUGGCUCGAACAGUUUGAAAUGGCGCUAUCCAACAUACGGCCUCAUUAUGUAGAAUCAACUACUCAUGACUUCAAAAUGCAUACCUUCAGUCGUGUAACAUCCUGCAAAGUCUGUCAGAUGCUUCUAAGAGGAACUUUUUAUCAAGGCUAUUUGUGUUCCAAAUGUGGCGCUGGAGCUCACAAAGAAUGUUUGGGAAGACUAGACAAUUGUGGCAGAGUUAAUUUGGGCGAACAUGGGACCCUGAAACAUGAGAAACGGCCAAAUGGACUACGAAACAGCUCCAGGCUUAUGGACCCAGGCUUGCCAAAAAUGCAAGUAAUUAGAAAUUACAGCGGGAUACCACAGCCAGCUCCACAUGAUGGCCCUCCACUACACAUCCAGACUGGGGACAUAGUUGAACUCAUCAGAGGAGAUGCACAUAGUCUAUUUUGGCAGGGUAGAAAUCUAGUGACAGGGGAACUUGGUUUCUUUCCAAGUGAUGCAGUAAAACCUUGCCCAUGUGUUCCCAAACCAGUAGACUAUUCUUCUCAACCAUGGUAUGCAGGAGCAAUGGAAAGGUUGCAAGCAGAGACUGAGCUUAUUAACCGGAUAAAUAGUACUUACCUGGUACGAUAUAGGACUAAAGAGUCAGGAGAAUACGCCAUUAGCAUUAAGUACCAUAAUGAAGUGAAGCACAUCAAGAUUUUAACAAGAGAUGGCUUUUUUCACAUUGCAGAAAAUAGAAGAUUUAAAAGUUUAAUGGAACUUGUGGAGUACUACAGGCAUCAUUCUCUCAAAGAAGGCUUCAGAUGUUUGGACACAACUCUUCAGUAUCCAUUUAAGGAAUAUGAACAUACAGUGGACCAAAGGAGUAACCGACCAACUAGCAACUCCCCUUCUUUGUUCUUUGGGUUUUCUUUUGUAACUUCUCCAGACUACAGCUUUGUCCCCCCUUCUUCUACUCCUUUCUGGUCAGUGCUGAGUCCCAAGGUUCUUGGUAUUGCUAUUGCCCGCUAUGACUUCUGUGCCAGAGACAUGCGUGAAUUAUCACUGCUCAAAGGAGACAUUGUCAAAAUUUACACAAAGAUUAGUGCUAAUGGCUGGUGGAGAGGUGAAGUAAAUGGAAGGGUGGGCUGGUUUCCAUCAACUUAUGUUGAAGAGGAUGAAUGAUUUGGACAUUGUGUUGGGACUACUGAUUAUAAAUUUCAGGGACUAUAAAAACCAGCCAUCUGCGAAGCAUUAUUCCUCUUGUUAAGUAUUUGAAAUGCAGUGCUUCUGUCUGUCAAAACCCUCCAGUCUUAACGCAGAGAUUAUUGAAGAAGUUUCUGUUGACAGAAGAAUAUCCCAGUCAGAUGCAUACAAAGAAACUGCCUGCCUGCCUGCCACCACUGGGGACCAAUGCCAAACUCUAACCCCAGCUUCCAGAAAAAAUGCUUCAAAGCAGUCUUGGGGUGGGAAAUGCUUUUUCAUUCCAUCUUGUUGAAUGCAGUGAAUACUAAGUACUGGUAGCAAUUUACUAACUUUUAUGAUUUCUUACUAGCAGAUAUUUCUGAUAGCAUUAGAAGAUGACAGCUUUUUUUGGCUUAUUUAUCAUUUCAUCCACAGGGGUGGGGAAGCUUAAUCAUUCCACUGGUCAAAACUGUCAAUGUUAUUUGACUUGAAGAAUUCAGCAGCACUUUGUCUACUGUUACCAAACAAUUCGGGAUCAGGGGGAGGAACACAAAAAUAUUUUGGUCUUUAAUUCCAGAGGACUUAACUGACUUUGAGCUUUUAUAUGUUUUGUGAGAGCAGCAAACUUUAAGAAGUGGUUUGUGCUUCAGCAUAUAGGUACACUCUGAAAAAGAAAUGGUAUAGAAUUGAAAACUGCAGGUUCCUAACACACAUUCGUUUCUUACAGAAUAAUACACAUGGCAGCAUUGCUGUCUUUUAGAACAUUAAGAGCACAAUUUUUAUUACGUUGAAGCCCCCAAUUUGGCGGGCAGAGAAGAAUUACAGAAAUAAAUUUGUGGAGAAUCCCUGACUCCAUGGGCACACUAGUGGAUGACUUCAUAAACAAACCCGAAUUAGAAUGUUCAAACAUAUCUGUAGCAUACAACAAAAAAGAGUGGUAUGCAAAUGAUGUCAUUGUUCAGGGUUUAGAAAGAUUUGGGGAUUUUUUUUGUGCCCCCAUGUAUGCCCUAAAAAAACACCAACCCCUGAAGAUUGCUGGUAUUCCACUUCUGAGGGUCCAACUACAACUUACAAAGUCCUUGUGUUCAUUGGGGAACAACUCAAGGACUUUCAUUUGAUAUGUGAUGGGAGCUCUGGUCCUCCCGCACACUCUUUUCCACUUGCAACCAAAACAGUCACAAAGAAAUUAGUCUGCAUUUGCAAAUCACCCAGUGGAGCAUCUGUUGGCCCAGUAGAUAGACCAGAUGUGCUUUUCCCUGCCUGUUUUGGUCAUAAGCAGAGAAGAGCCAGGGUCUGUGGGGAAGGCACAAAAUUGCACAUCUAGUGAAAAGCCCUAUGUUGUUCCCCAAUUGACAUGAUGGCUGUGUAAAUAAGCCAUAAGAAAUAUUAAUUGAAUCAAAAUUCUGUGAACUUUUAUUUUGAUGGGAACAGUUGCAUUUUAUUUUGAUGGAACAGUUACAACAUUUGCAAUGGAUUGUAUUUGAUAAAAAGAUCUGUCCUUAUGUGUUAGAAUAGGAAUGUUUCCUUAUUGCUGUUCUCUGUAAUAGCUAGUUUUGUCUGGUCGACUUGAUACAUAAGUAAGCAAAAUAGCAUUGCUAGGAGCUACUGCCUGUUUAAAGUUGGGUACAGGUAUGACUCUAAUUCUGUGAAAUGUAUUGUGCACUGUCAUCACUGUUUGUAUGUCUUAUUGAGAGACAGUUGGUUUCAUGUUGAGAUUAAAAAUGUAUAAUUUCAGCAAAACCUUUUAAAAAGCAGUUUAGAUAUUCUAAAGUUUCUGUUAGCUCAGGGGGCAAUGGAACUCAGAAGUGUCAAGCCAUAUAUAAACACCUCCUUCCUGUUUGUAUCAUGCAGUAUGUUUUGUUGGCAAAAGUCCUACAUGGUUCUCCUUUAAAUUAAGUGGGUAUGGGGAGGGGGAACUAUUUGUGUGCAUGGAAGAUCACCAGGUUGAAACCAGAGAUCCUGUCUAUCACAUACACCUCUAUCACAAUGAAAAGCAUGGAGCCACAACUUUAGUUACCCUGCUCAUCCUUCAGUCCCAUGAUGUUCUCGCUUCUGCCUGCCUGCCAGAAUGUUUGCCCCAUAUCCGGUGAGAUGGAAGAGUAGGGCAAUGAUGCAUCCUGUUUUGUUGUUGUAAAACUGUGAGAGUGAGACAAAGGGUCUCUGAAUCAUAGUUUGGCUGCUCAACACAUUUCCCUUCUUUUUCCAGCAAGGAGAAACCAGAGUCCCAUGUGCCCACUGGCAUACCUUCAGAGCUCUGCACCAGGGCUGUGCAGUGGUUUGUCUUUGUUUCCUGCCCUGCACUGAACAAGUUAAAUGCUGCUCCACGUUAUUUCAAAUACCAAAGAUAUAGUAUGCCAGAGCCACCCCCAUCCCCCCCACCAUUGCCAAUACGUUUUAUGUUUGCCUUUAUUCUAAACCUUGGUCUUAUGCACUAAGCAUGGACAACACUUUGUAAUAUUGUGUAAAUAUGUGAAUAUAUUAAUAAAUGGAUUAACUUUUUGUUUAA